CCCAAAGACUCUAAACACUGUUUCAAUUCUUGGCAUCUAGCGCCCAAGUAGUUGAGAACUCCUUGAACCCACUUUAUUCCCCCGCUUCGCUUACCUCUCUCAAAUCAACGCCCUCCCUCCUCCUCACUUGGUCAAUUCGUGGCCCAUUCUUUCCGUACGCGAAUCGACAAGCUUGAAUUUUAAAGCAUGGCUCCAUUAGAGAGAGGACUCCAAGCCGAGAUAAUGGAGGCAAAGAAGGAAAGCAGUCUCUCCAGAUGAGUACGACUAGGACUGUAGACUGUAGUAGGCAUGGGUUGUGGCGUAUGGGAGCACCGACCUACCUCAACACUUUGUAUGCUUCGCCUUGCCUCCUCUUCCUCGCGCACGCUACCGCCUUUGUACAGCUGCUUGGACACGGCACAAGCCAUCCUCUUUGUACGACUGCAGACCAAUUAACAAUUCCAUUGUGCACGGUAAGUAUUGUAUUCUCUGUUUUCAAUCAACCUCAUGCCUACUGUCGGAUUUGAAAUUGGAUAUGUUCUCUCUCUGCUCCUCCUUUUGGUUUCGAUUGUAUGCUUCCCCUUUUAUCCCCUCCAUAAUCCCCCUCUUUUCUCCUGCUGCUGGCCGUCGUGGAACUCAAAAGCGGAUGAAGACGGAUCGUUUUGGAACAGGAGGAGCAUGGUGAGACGUUAGGCGACAAGAAUGAAGGGGAUGAUCCGGCAGACAGAGUGACAUCGCGGAAUACCACUCCCACCCUGGAAGCGUUUCCCUACCUCAUUCCCCAUCUCUCUCUUUGUUUUACUGGUGGAAGAAGAAGCAGCAGGAGAAGCUGAAAAAGACAACACGGAGAAGGAGAAGGAAUAGAAGACGCUCAAUGAGCUCUGGGCUGAUUUUGUCGGACUUUCACUUGUCGGUAUGUUUUCACUAAAUUCUCAGUAUGUGCUUUCUGUUCAAAGGCUGCAAGCUCUGCCAUCUCAUAUAAUCAACCAAUCCCUUUGUGUUUUCUGUUGCAGCUUUGGUUUCUGAAUUCUGAGUUACUGCUCCGCCUUCCAUGGAGUCAUUGGUUGAUGAUGGAGGAGUUAGCCUUUCAACAAAGACCAACAAGAAAUCAUUGGUUCCUAGAGUCCCCAACAGCCCUCCUUUGAGCUCUUGCUCAACAUCUCGGUCUCAGCCUCUUAAACAGAUGCCUGUGAUGGAGUUUUGUCUUGGUGGUGACCAUUCCCUCAAGCCUAAGCAACUUGGAAAGUUCUUCCCUGAGUUCUAUGCUGCAGAUGUUCUCCUUGCUUUGGACUGCCUGUACAUGCUGAGGAUCAUAUUCCGAGUCCUUAAGCCUGAGAACAUCUUAGUACUAGAGGCAAAAAUCUCUUUUCCAUUUUGCUUACCUUUACAUGAUGCAGUAUAAACGUGCUUUUGCUGCUCCUAAAAGCAAGGACUUGAGUAAGAAAUACGUUUGAGGAAAUGGUUUUGCAUUAUGGGGAGAACACCUUCACAGUCCAGUAGGUAUCUCUUUCCAUUUUAUGAGUCAAAACAUAUUUGAUAUUUGCUCAUUCAUAACAGAUCCAACACCAAAGAAUUAAAUCACGCAUAUGUUUAUUUCUUAUCAGUGUCUGCCAUGUUUAUUUCUAAUUGGACAGUGAAAUGUGGUCUCCGCUUGCUUGGCAGCAUAUUUCAUUUGUUUUACACCGUUUCUUCUUUGAUUGCUAUUACAAAUUGCUUUGCAGCCAUAAAAUUGAUUCCCUUUUCAUGUUUCAGAGGAGCAUGAUUUGAAUCUUAUGCUGCUUAAGGUAAUGGGUUCUUUUAUAUUUGCUUAGAGUGGGCCACUAGGUUCUUCCUACAUAACUGAUCAACCUGAGUGAGCAAGUUUAAGAUUGAUAAUUCUUGCUGAAAUAAAGAACACAUAAUAGUAAGUUCUAAACAAUGCAUAUACUGAGUACCAUGCUUGAUCUUCUUCCAUGUGUUGUAGGUAAUUCGAUUAACACAACCCUGAAUACUAUGUCUUUAUUGUGCUUGGGAGCUGCAAAUAUGGAGAGGAAGUGCCUAAAGAGUAUGCUGCCUUUGGACAAACAGAAAAGAAAUCCCUGCCGUAGGAUGCAAUUUCUGAUAACAAAAAGAAAGGUAAAAAACCUUGCGCUGCUUAAAUUCCAUUUCUCUAAGGCAAAAGCAAAGCUCAAAUAAGCUGAUUACAAAAGUGUUUUUUUACGUGUGUUUAAUUGACAUGACAGUAUAUAUAGUAACUUUACUGUUACCAUUUUUGGAUACUAUUAGUACAUACUUGGAUUGAAUGUCUCUUAUUCAUCCGAGUAAUUAGCUGAAGCAACUAUUUUCUGGCUACGGCUGAAUCAAUUGGUUAUUGUUCCUACUUAGAUUGAAGCCAUUAUUUACUAUGGAGAGAAACGACAUAAAGACCAAUUAAGGCAAAGAAUCCAAAUGCUCAGGGAGGAACUUUUCAGGUUGCCUUUGAAUGAGCGAAUGGUCACCACCAGGGCAGAACUCCAUCACUAAGCAAGAAGUGAGAAUUCAAAGUGGCUAAAACGGAUGAUCCAAUACUGCAGAAUAAGCUGAUUACAAAAGUGAUUUUUACAUAAUUGUCUAAUUGAAUGCCAAUAUGUAUAAGUAACUUCGUUCUCAACUAAACAAUUAUGCUCACAAUCCUUUGUAGAUUUUCCUGCAAUUCAAAUUGGCUGAUGUGAAAUUCUUCUUUGCACAGGCAGUGGCCAGAUUAUAGCCUCAUCAUAUGACCCCUUCACAUCAGACAACGAAUCGUAGGAGCAGCAAUGACAGCAGGGGGAACGAAACUGGUGGCAAUCCCAGACGGAGAGAAAACAUUAGGAGUUAAUGAGAUUAUGCAAGCCAAGGAGGUGAGCAGAAGGGUGAAGAUUGCAGAUGGAAUGACAAACCAAAGAAAGAAUAGGUGAAGAGGUCGAAGGUUGAACUUGAAGACUCUUCCUAAGAGAUGCAGGUGUAGAACUAAAUAGAGGUUUGUAAGGUUUUAUGAGUAAACUCUUCCUUACUAGAACUAUGUCAAUAAGUUUGGUUCUUUAAG